AAAGAUCGCUUGGUUAUUGAAUGUAAUCAGCUGACAUCACAAUUUGCCAGCUAUAAUAACGACUUUGAAAGAACAAUGGAUGAAAUCGAUCGUGUUCAUCUCGAAUUCGCAAAGUAUCAAACAAGAGAACAACGACUUCUCGUUGAAAAAUAUAUGCUCAAAAUGCAGGAACGGGAGGUGUUCGAGAUUAACAAUCUUCCGGCUGACAGUACAGCUGAUGCUAAAAAAUUCUUCGAGAAGGAUAUUGCCCUUGCUAUCAGGUAA